AUGUUUUCUUGGGCAUCCCGUACGCGCAACCACCUGUGGGAAAUCUUCGAUUCCGUGCCCCCCAAAGCCUCAACGAAACUUGGAGUGAGCCGAAAUCUGCAUUGGAUUCAAGAGAACAUUGGCUUCUUCGGCGGAGAUCCACGCAAGAUUACCCUGUUCGGCCAGAGCGCUGGUGGUUUAUCUACCGGCAAACAGCUCAUUGCCUAUGGUGGCCGCGACGAUGGCCUAUUUCGCGCCGCCAUCAUGCAGAGCGGUGGUAUGGCCAAGAAGUGGCCCUACAACAUCCAGGACCCCUAUAUUUACAGCAAAACAUUAUACCAGAACCUGAAGAUCAGCACUUGUUGUGCUGACAAGUCUAGUCCUUUCAAAUGUCUGCGUUCUCUGCCUGUCGAGAGAUUAUCCAAAGCGCUCAACAUCUCAAAUACCGCGGUUUUCUACGUAAUAGAUGCCUAG